UCGUCGAAGAGUCUGGACACGAUUGCACCUGCGGGAGGGCUAGCGGACGAGGAGGGCACUGUCCAAGGCGAGGGCUCGCAGUACCAGCGCGGGCGCGUCUUCGACUAUACCCAGCCGCGUCGCCUGCACACCGACAUGUCGCCGCCGCUGCUCUCGACGUACGACGAGCCUAUCCGCCGGGUGAUCGAGGACAUGAGGGAGCAGCGCAUGAGCCUGUGCCAGAGCUUGCGGCAAUACGUGUUCGUGUAUCGCGCUGUGGUCGAAGGGACGCUGAUGAUCGUGGACGAGGAGAGGAAGGCGGAGGAGCUGGGUCGUUUGUCACCGCAGGGUUCUCGAAACGUCAAGGGUGCGCUGCUCGCAGACCGUCAAGACGUCCCUAUGGACGGGCCCAUGCACUCACUGGAGACCCUGUCUUCCGUGGGCUCGGGUGCGUCGCUGCGAGAGCGGGGUGUGUCGCGGAAACGCAGCAUCUCUGCCUACAUGCGGGAGGACGCCGCGGUCGAUGGGCAUCUGUCGAUGUCGCCGGGCGGGACGAAGCGGGGCGCGAGCCCGACGGAGCUGCCCAAGGAGGGCGUGCAGGGCGAGGCGAUGUUGACGAAACGACCGAGCAUCAAGCGUACGUCGCGGAUGGACACCGUCUGAGCCUGAAGAGGCUUUGUGCCUCAUGCCGACUCGCCCCCCGGGGGCUUUACCUCGCGUGCUUCCCUCUCGGACCUUCACCCUCGCACCUUGUUUCGGUCAUUGCUGUCGCUGGAUCCCGCAUUCAAUCAGGCCACCUGCCCCCUCCCUUACGUUCCCCCACCGUUGACCGGCGCCCUGG